AUGGCUGCCUCGGUGACCUUUCAGGCCUCCCUCAUACAACCAAAACCCACUCUCUCUUCCAAAACCCUGCAAAACCCUCGACCUACUUUCAUUUCUAUUCCUUCUACUACCAUCUCACAAGUGAGAUUUGGUGUCAAAUUGGGAAAUGGGUUCGCCGCAAAAGCUUCAAUGGCUGUCUCUGAAACAUAUUCGAAGCCUCCCGCCUCUGAAAAGAGGGUCAACAAUCCCAUCAUUGUCAUUGACAAUUAUGAUAGCUUUACCUACAAUCUUUGCCAGUAUAUGGGAGAGUUGGGAUGUCUCUUUGAAGUCUAUCGAAACGAUGAACUAACUGUUGAUGAACUAAAAAGGAAAAAUCCCAGAGGAGUGCUAAUCUCUCCGGGGCCAGGCACGCCCCAAGAUUCUGGAAUAUCUUUGCAAACUGUAUUGGAGCUGGGGCCCGUUGUACCCUUAUUUGGUGUUUGCAUGGGUUUGCAGUGCAUUGGGGAGGCUUUUGGAGGGAAGAUUGUCCGUUCUCCUUUCGGUGUCAUGCAUGGGAAGAGCUCGCCUGUAUAUUAUAACGAGAAAGGGGAAGAUUUGUUUUCUGGAUUAUCGAACCCUUUUACUGCUGGCAGAUAUCACAGUCUUGUAAUUGAUAAGGACAGUUUUCCUAGUGAAGAACUUGAGGUUACAGCAUGGACAGAGGAUGGACUGAUAAUGGCUGCUCGUCACAAGAAAUAUAGGCAUCUUCAAGGGGUUCAGUUCCAUCCUGAAAGUAUCAUAACUUCUGAAGGCAAGACAAUUGUGCGUAACUUUAUCAAAUUGAUAGAGAAAAGAGAGUCUGAAUCAGAGAAUUGA